AUGGGGAGUGAGGAAUGGGACUGGGGAAUGGGACUGGGGAAUGGGACUGGGGAAUGGGACUGGGGAAUGGGACUGGGGAAUGGGACUGGGAGUGGGGAAUGGAAAGGAUCUGUGUUUAAAUCGUUCCCUUCAGAAAGUCUUCAUCUUUGUUAUAUCACCUGCCAAAAAAAUCCGGUCUGCCAAAGUUUGAAUUACAACGCUGCUGAAAAUGUCUGCGAGCUUAGCACAGAGAUGAGCAGAAGUCGACCUGAAAACUUUCAGCAAAGGAAAAUGUUUGUCUACGCUGAGAAACUCCCUGAUCUGAGAUGGAAAAGAAUCACUAAGUCAUGGAUUGACAGCACGCUCACGGGAGGAGUUACAUUGAACUACGAUGAAGAAAAUAAUGGGCUCACCAUUUCAGGACGUGUGACGUCAUCUGGCUGUGGAUCUGCACCACCGUCUGGGGCCUUGACUCUCAUUAAAGGAUACUGGACAAUGAUAAAGUAUACCCAAGAAUUUCGCGGAAGAUCGUCAUGCUGGAGCAUUUUUGGCGAUGAAUGGUACGGUGGACUGUAUAUCUCCAACACGUCGACAGGAUUGUAUCCGUUCAAUGCAAAAGCAGGAGACGUCAUUACAGAUGAGUACCGCAUGGGUUUAAACUCACACGCAUUUGAUGGUAAAACUAGAAGAUGCGACAAAUUGGCAACAAAUUUCUGGAGAAGUCAAAAGGGCUUGCGGCGCGCAACGGUUGUUCUCAGAAGAAAACCGAUGGCAGAGAAGGCUGGAAUUUUCACUGGUACCUCGUGCGGGAGACCAACAUACAAGAUCAGGGAUAUUUAUGUAUACUUUUAG